ACCGGAAAGGUCUGCAAAAGGGGCGGGACGCGGGAACCUCGAAUUGAGGAAGGGGGUGGCGGGGGCGAUCCCACGCUAGCAGCCAAUCCAGCUGUCCCGGGGAGGAAGAGGAGGAGCCAGGGCCGCCCCCGGGACUCCGCACCGCUUAGUCCCGCGCUGCCGUUCCAGCCGCCUCGGCUGCUGGGCCCCUCGAAGCCGCCACCGCAGCCGCCACUCCGCGCAGACAUGGCCUCGGGUGCCACCCCCACGGCAGUGAAGAUUGGAAUAAUUGGUGGAACAGGCCUGGAUGAUCCAGAAAUCUUAGAAGGAAGAACUGAAAAAUAUGUGGAUACUCCAUUUGGCAAGCCUUCUGAUGCCUUAAUUUUGGGGAAGAUCAAGAAUGUCGAUUGCGUCCUCCUUGCAAGGCAUGGGAGACAGCAUACCAUCAUGCCUUCAAAAGUCAACUACCAGGCGAACGUCUGGGCUCUGAAGGAGGAGGGCUGUACACACGUCAUCGUGACCACAGCUUGUGGCUCGUUGAGGGAAGAGAUUCAGCCCGGCGAUAUCGUCAUUAUUGAUCAGUUCAUCGACAGGACCACCAAAAGGCCUCAGACCUUCUAUGAUGGAAGUCAUUCCAGUACCAGAGGAGUAUGCCAUAUUCCCAUGGCUGAGCCGUUCUGCCCCAAAACAAGAGAGGUCCUCAUAGAGACUGCUAAAAAGUUAGGACUCCGGUGCCACUCAAAAGGCACAAUGGUCACAAUCGAGGGACCUCGUUUUAGCUCCCGGGCAGAAAGCUUUAUGUUCCGCACUUGGGGGGCGGAUGUUAUCAACAUGACCACGGUUCCAGAGGUGGUUCUCGCUAAGGAGGCUGGGAUUUGCUAUGCAAGUAUCGCCAUGGCAACAGAUUAUGACUGCUGGAAGGAGCAUGAGGAAGCGGUUUCGGUGGACCGGGUCUUAAAGACCCUGAAAGAAAAUGCCAAUAAAGCCAAAAGUUUACUCCUCACUACCAUACCUCAGAUAGGGUCCAUGGAAUGGUCAGAAACCCUCCAUAACCUGAAGAAUAUGGCCCAGUUUUCUGUUUUAUUACCAAGACAUUAAACGAGCAUGGCUGCCUAGGAGACAAGAAGACUUUCUAAUUUCAGCCAUUUGAGAAAUUUCAGCUUAACUUGGAAAAAAUAUGGAAAAGACAUGCAGCUCUCAUGCCCUCGCCUGUUAAGGAGAAGAACAUGAUAAGACAAGAAGACAUGCACGUAUCAGAGAUGCCUUCUAGAAGGCUUAGACUGCUUCAGAAAAUGACCAGUGAAUAUGUGGAAAAAUUCUGACACUUUAAGAAAAAAAAGAUUAGACCCCAUCUACCGUUCCCCCAGUAAAUUUGUAAUAAUAAAGGGUGGGAGGUAACAUCCAGUUGCCUAAUGUUACCAAGGAAAUAUGAGGAAGAAAUGGGAAUUCUUAGGCUGUUGAUUGGUGUGACUAAAUUUGUACAGUCUUUUUGGAGGGCAGUUUGCUAAAAUGUAUCAAAAGGCUUAAAAAUACUUAGACCCUUUGUGCUGGUUACUCCUAGGAAUUUAUCUUUAAAAAAUUAUCAGAGAUACAAAGAAUUAUGUAUACGGAAGGAUGUCUAAUAUACCAUUAGUUAUAAUAGUAAAUAUUCAGAACAAUCUGAAUAUCCAACAGUUGGAGGUAAAUUACGGCCUACCUCUAAUUGGAUUGUGGAGCAGCUGAGGAUCAUGUUUUCACAUAACAUUUAAUGUCCUAAAGAAAUGGCUGCUCUAUAAUAUGAAAGGAAAAAAGAAUAUGUGCACACAUUUUCCAUUGCUAAUUUUGUUUUAAAGUUCUACAUUAAUGUACAAAAAGACCAGAAAUGGAUAUGUAAUCUUUUGUUACUGUAUUUGGGGUUGGGUCACUGAAUCAUUUUAAUUUUCUAUUUUUCUGUGUCUUCACAUUUUUUUACAAUGAAUAUAAUCAAGUAAUAAAGUUGUCUUAAAAAUAAAAAGAUCCAGUUCUUGAAAACAUAACUGAUGUGAAGCACAAACUUUAAGAUGGUAAUUCUAAGAGGAGUUCUGUUUGGGUUCCGUCUUCAUUGUAUUAAAAAAGAGGAUCAUUAAUAACUGUACAGUGAGAACAAUACUUAGGCCUGCAACAACUUGAGAAUAACUGGGUGUUUAAUCCUCAGAGAGUCCGAAACUCUGUAAGAGACUACAGACACACCUGUUAGUGUGUCAGGUAUUUUUAAAAUUAAUAUUUGACCUUUGUUUCUACUUUUUAUGAGUUGAUGAAUUAUUUUACAUGAGUUAAUGGUUUGGAAUUUUUCAUAAAACAGAAGCUUGCUUCUUUCUCUGCUUUUUGUUGUUCAUUUUAUAGGAAUGUGUUUUGUUUUCUCUCGCAGGGAGAUCCUUUUUUUCCCUCAGAGAUACUACUAUUCACUGUGGUCUGUUACUGGGUCCUUUAGUCAUGUAGCUUGUCUUUAGAGAAUCUGUAAAGUCUGUGUUUGUGUCUAGGAGACUGUCUUCAAGAUAAUAAGCUGCUAAUUGUAAACAACAAAAUAAACCGGUUACCGCCCCCCCAGCAUUAA